GGACUCCGGCUCAGAGCAGAAGGGUGGAGUUAGCAAAAGAAGAGCUGAAUGAAAGGCCGGCGUGGAGCUGCGACAUGACAGACUGAGAAACCGAGGCAACAAAAAACAAAUUAAAGAAGAUAAAAACGGUUCUUAGACCCAGCGGAGGAUCUAAAGAAGGAGGAGGAAUCGGCUUCAGUCAAGAGUUCAUACCUGCAGCCGAAAGAUAAACAGCCGACUCCCAAAGGCGUUUUUCUAGAUGACUUUGUGGAUUGUUUGCAAUGCUGGAGGAAACGGUUUGUUUUUCAUUUGCAACUGGCCUCUAGUUACGGUUAGCUACCAUUCAGAUAGUAUCUGACUUUAAACUGAAACUAAAGAGCUGAAUUUGUGUUUUGUUACAGGAUAAAGAGUGGAAAGCGAUGCUGUAACUGUAAAUAUGUUAGUCAGUGUUUCUGGGAGUAAACUAACGAUGGUGUCUGGACGGUGGGGCUGCCGGAGCGGCACGUAGUCCUGAGUGACUUUGGCGCUGAGAUCCACUCGUGUCUGGGCUCCAUGCCAGCUUCUGCAUUGCACUUAUGUAACCUCUCCUUAUCUCUCCCAGCCCAUCCUCUUUCCCUCAUUCUCCUUCUUUCCUUUCACUUUUUAAUGCUUCUCUUAUGCUCUGCUGUCGAAUCAAAUUUUUCUUCGUCGUUUCUUUUUUCACGCGUUAUGUCCUGACUUGCCUGCGUUCGUCUGUGUAAGCAUGACUGUGCAGUUUUUGAGAGUCAGCCGACACCGCUGCCCUCGGACCGCCCGGCCCGGCCCUCUGGACGAGGCGUGCGUCCAUGACCUCAUGGCUGCUGGCGUGCAAACCCAGCAGUGAAGUUUAUAUUAAUGGAGCUUCAAUGUGCAGGAGGGGAAAUAAGAGAUGGAUCUGCACCAUAAAGAAACGACGUCUGGAGAGAUUCUGCCGGUCGUAAUCAUCGGUAAUGGCCCUUCUGGGAUCUGCCUGUCUUACCUGCUGUCAGGCUACGCCCCCUACCUGUCGGUAGAGGGAUGUCACCCGAACCCCCUGCUGCACAGCAAGCUGUCGGAGCGGCCUCACCUGUCGCUGCUGGAGCAGGAUCUGGAGUAUCUCUGUGAGGGCCUGGAGGGCCGGUCGUCCAACCCUGUGGCGGUGCUCUUUGAUUCGCUGCUGCUGCCGGACAGCGACUUCGGUCUGGACCACACGUCGCCCCUGGAGUGGCGGUACGAGCCGGAGCGAGCCGUUCCCCACCUGGUUCUGGGAAAAGGCCCGCCUGGAGGCGCCUGGCAUGCCAUGGAAGGAUCCAUGCUGACGCUCAGCCUGGCCAACUGGAUGGAGCUUCCCGGGCUCAAGCUGAAGGACUGGAUGAGAGACAAGCGCAGAAAUGUGAGAAACGACCGCGCCACCCCAGCAGAAAUCGCCUCCUACUAUGAGCACUACGUAUCCCAGAUGAACCUGGAGCAGAACUUCGCCUGCGGGACCACCGUUACUGCGGUAACCAGGGAAUCCGGUCAGCAGGAUGGGUCACCGCCCUGCUGGAGAGUGUCGGGACUGCAGCGGAGAGACGGCGAAAUUCUAGGAGACGGUUGCUCGGUUACGGAGGAGGUACCUUUCUCGCUGUUGGCGCACAACGUGGUUCUGGCGACGGGAACGCACGACGUGCCGGCUCGGCUCGGCGUGGAAGGAGAGUCGCUGCCCUUUGUCUGCCACUCCUUCUGGGAGCUUGAGGCGGCCAUCGCCCGCGGCGAGCUCGACCAAUCCUCCGACCCCGUGCUGGUGGUGGGGGCGGGGCUUACGGCGGCCGACGCCGUCCUCGCCGCUCACCACCUCAACACGUCGGUGUGCCACGCUUUCCGGCGCUCGGUCUCAGACCCCGGGCUCAUCUUCAACCAGCUGCCCAAACUGCUCUACCCAGAGUACCACAAGGUCCAUCAGAUGAUGACUCAGCAGCAGCACCAGUCUCACCCUUCGGACCGGGCCCAGAACCUUCGCCGUGCUCCUUCCUCCUCCUCCAGCUCACCUUCCUCCUACCCCGGGUACCUGAGCUUUCCCUGCCACCGGGUCGUUGCCUUCCGGCCCGACCGGAAGUGCGUCCUGGAGUCGGACUCCGGUGAGCAGACGGUGGUUCGGGUCUCCAAGGCGCUGGUUCUGAUCGGCGCUCAUCCGAACCUCUCCUUCCUUCGCGACAACGGCCGCUCGUUAGGCAUCGACCCAGAAGAGCCGAUUUCCUGCCGGAGGAACCCGAUUGAUGUGGACCCUAUCACAAACAUGGUUCUGGCGGCGGACGGGCCGGGAAUGUACGCCAUGGGCCCGCUGGUCGGGGAGAACUUUGUCCGGUUCCUGAAAGGCGGGGCGCUGGCCAUCGCCGGGGAUCUGUGGAAGCGGCGCAGCGGCGGGCAGGAGGCCGUUACGCCGGACAGCCGGGUCGACCGCCAGAGAGACGCCCGGGUUCUGAACUCGUAGCUCGGAGCCGAGGCGAACGGACCGACUCUGGAACCCAAGUUCAACCGGACCUGUUGUGGGAUCAGCUGGAGAAACGGCAGCAGGACGUUUCUGUUUGGACCCGAUUUGUAACCAGAUACCAGAACGGUUUUCUGUAAAUUUUAUGAUAAUCCGUUUUUUGCUGGAAAUAUUUAAGUUUCUUCCAAGUUUUUAAAUUAUUUAAAUGUUGAGGGUCUGUUGCUAACGGCUACGUUUUAGGGCCAGAACAAGAGAACAAAAUUUUAAUUGCAAAAAUAAAGUUAUGCGAUUUAAAGUCGCACAACAAAGUCAAAAUAAUAAUAGAGUUGUAAUAAAGUCACAAUUAUAAAAAAUUUUAAUACGAGAACAGCCAUAUUUACGAGAAUAAAGGAGCAACAAUAUGUAAAAAUUGGAUCAAAAGUAAAUAUAAAAAUAAAAUUAAUAUAUUAUUAAAGUCGCGAUAAUA